AUGGCGGACGUCCGGUCCAAGAACCUCUACGAGCUUCUUGGAAAUGAUCCCGAGUUAGACCCCAACAGAGAGCCCGAGCCCCCCACAAGGGCGCUGGACAAGCCUGUUGCCCGACAUGGCAAGCGCGAUGCUCCCAAGGAAGCCCCUGCUCGUCCCGAGGGACAAGCUCCCCGUCCUCGUGGCGGACGUACCACUGGCAACGAGGCCGCUUUCCGUGACCGCAACGCUGGUAGCCGCAACAACCGUGACAAGCCCGUCGAGGAAGCUGCCGACCAGGGCAACCGUGGUGGACGCGGUCCCCGACGCGACCGCCAGUCCCGCACCGGCCAGGCCGACACUCGCAAGCAGGUGAACCAGGGCUGGGGUAACCAGGACGGUGAAAAGACCUGGGACGACGAGAGGGCCGCUGAUAACAUCGCCAAGGCUGAUGAGAACGAGCCCAAGACCCCCGCCGAGGAGGAGGAGGCCGCUGACAAGUCCAAGUCUUUCGCCGACUACCUCGCCGAGAAGGCUGCCCGCGAAGACCUGGCCGCCAAGCCCGUCCGUGCUGCCAACGAGGGCUCCAAGGCCGAUAAGAAGUGGGCUGGUGCUAAGGAAAUCAAGCGCAGCGACGAAGAAGAGGCCUACAUCCAGGGCAAGGAUGACAAGGGUAACAAGGGCGCCCCCAAGCAGCGCAAGGAGAAGAACUACCUCGAUGUCGACAUGCGUUUCGUCGAAGCUCCCCGCACUGGUGGCAGCGGUCCCCGCGGCCGUGGUGGUCGUGGUGGUCGUGGCGCUGGUCGUGGAGACCGUGGUGGUGGCCGCGGAGACCGUGGUGCUGCCCGUGGAGGCCGUGGCAACGGACCUCGCAGCGACCGCCCCGCCCCCGUCACCGUCGACGAGAAGAACUUCCCCAGCCUUGGCGGCAAAUAA